CGGAAGCGGGGUGUGCAUUUUCUGGUCCCCGCGCGGCUGUUUCCGGCGCUCGCUAACCUGGGCGCAUGCUCAGUAGGAGACAGGCGCCGGCUGUGGCUGAGCCCGUUUCCGGUCUGUGCCGGGAAUGUCUGACCAGGGCCUGGCCGGUGGCGGGGCGGACUCGGGGCUGGAUGCGGCCCUGGGUAAAGUGGGGGCCUCGGUGCGGUCCCGGCGGAAGCUGCCGACGGCGGAGGAGGCGGAGCUGUUCGAGCUGGCGCAGGCGGCUGGGAUCGGCCUCGACCCGGAAGUGUUCAGGCUGCUGCUGGACCUGCUGCGCAUGAACGUGGCGCCGCUGGCCGUGUUCCAGAUGCUGAAGUCCCUGUGCGCCGGGCAGAGAGCGGCCCCCAGCGGCCCCGCCGAGACCGGAGGGAGAAAUAAAACCAAUCCUUCAGUCAGCGGGACCCAAGGUCUGGCAGAACGUUGCAGCCGGGAAGGAUCGGUCCAAAGAAUGCCCCGGCAGCCAAGCACUAGCAGGCUCCAGAAGACUGGAACUUCUGGAAAGAGCAGUGGAGGCAGCAGUACAUAGAGACUCAAAAUAGAGCACUGAGGGCCUUUGUAAAUUCUCCAUUAAAAUAAGUGCAAUGUAGCACAACAUGUAAAAAUGCAAAUGAUCCAAGAUUGUGAACCUGCUCCAGUAUUUUGUAUUUAUGAAUGCUGUAGAAUAUCACAGGUGAUGUAUGCAAAGGGUCAGUUACUGUUUUCCUUUCUUAAAUUUCUUUGGAAUACAUCCGUUAAUAAAGAACAUGAAUUCUUCUGGAAUUGCUUUUAAUUAGAAUUCUGUUUAAAGCGUUGCACUAAAUUAGUGAGAUGUUAUUCUUCAUUCUUAUUCAUAGUGUCUGGCCUGCUCCAUGCCUUAUGAGUAGUCUAGCUCGUGCAAGAGUGCAAUCUCUCAUAACUCACCAGCUAGAGAUACCUCUAUCAAGCUGUCCUGCAAUGGCUCAAGAACAUGAAUACCAACCUCAGGGCAGACUGUUAUGAGCCAGGGCACAAACCAUAAAUUGGAGUUUAUAUAUACAUUGGUGGUUGAAAUUAUCAUGUGUAAACUCCUCAGGGCUAUAACAGCCUUAACUUGGAGUCAUUAGACCGUCCCCUUUGGUACAGCGAUCUGUCUUGCCACCCAGGUGGGCUUACCUUUGUGAUAGAUGGUGCCUUACGCUAAGGAUCAUGGCAAUAUUCCGGUUACUCCCAGUCCCAAAGGAUCAGUCACUUACCUCAGGUCAGUUGCACCUUAGUGGGAGUGUGUGCGCGUUAUGGGCAUUUUGAACAUUACUCAAAGAGUGCAGAGUUACAUUUGCAUGGGUGUUUAUCUGAACUCAGCAGUACCUGGUUUUCUGACGUUUGAGUUUUGCUGAACUCAGUGUUCUGGAAGGGCACAACUAUCACCAGAC